AUGACAACAUAUUCUCCUUCUACUCCGCAUUCUCAGUCAGCUGUAGAUUCGGGGGAUGGUCUUGAAAAGACACAGGAUACCGUUGUUGAGGUCAAAGCAGCUCCCACCUUUCCUGAUGGUGGUACCAAGGCGUGGAUGGCGGUUUUGGGUUGUUCCUUGGUCUCAUUCACGUCAUAUGGUCAAUUGAACGCGUUCGGCGUCUUUCAAACGUACUAUGCCGAACACCAACUGGCGGACCGUUCUGCCUCAGAUAUAAGUUGGAUAGGAAGUAUCCAGCUCAGCGCAAUAUACUUCUGCGGGCUUCUCUUGGGUCCUGCGAUGGACCGCUACGGGGCUACGGUUCUGCUCGUUUCCGGUUGGCUGCUCUCGACGUUCUGUCUGAUGAUGCUUUCGCUUUCGAAAACAUACUAUCAGAUAUUCCUGUCGCACGGUCUUGGGUUUGGUAUCGGACUCGCGCUUCAAUUCUAUCCAUUGCUUGUCAUCCCCGCACAAUGGUUCGGAAGGAAACGUGGUCUGGCUAUGGGCAUCGUUGUUGCUGGCGCCAAUUUGAGCGGCGUGAUAUUCCCUAUCAUGCUGUCUAGACUGUUUCAGUCGAUUGGUUUCCCAUGGGCCGUCCGAACGCUGGGUUUCAUGUGCUUUGCACUUCAAGGAAUUUCCAUUCCAUUCAUCCGAACCAGGUUACCACCGCGAGCAAACGCGCCGAGGUUCGACAAGACUAUAACGAAAGAUCGUGCAUUUAUUCUGCACGCUUUAUCCGGAUUCUUCAUCUCUUUUGCACUCUAUACGCCGUUCUGGUACAUCGAGCUCUUCGCAGUCCAACAGGGCGUCGGGACCACCCUGACAUUCUACCUUAUCGCCAUCAUGAAUGCCGCAGGGCUAGUCGGUCGUGUGCUCCUAGGACAACUGAGUGACCUUAUCGGAACGUUCAACAUCACGAUCUGCACAUUGGUCCUUGGCUCUAUCGCCACUCUAGCUAUCUGGAUAACGUCACAUAGUUCUGGAGAGCUGGUAGUAUUUGCUGUAAUAUAUGGUCUUUCCGCUGGGUCAUAUACAUCCCUCGGCGCCGCCUGCACCACGAAGCUCACCAGUGCUCCUGCGCUCAUUGGCGUGCGCGUGGGUAUCUUUAUGACUGCGAUGGCCCCUGGAAUCCUGACCGGACCGUCCAUCGCUGGAGGUACUGUUGUGUCUUAA